AUGACAACAACAGUGCCAAAGAUUUAUUCAUUCAGUGAAUUUGCCGGUGUUGCUGAUGCGGUGGCCAACCAUGUGAUUAAUGCUCAAAAUCAAGCUUUAGCCAAUAGUUUACCAAGUAAUAAUUCAACAACUUCAGUUCAAAAUCUACAAACAUUAACUUCACAUUCAAUUCCUCGUCAAGACCCAUCAACAGAAAGUUCUAAUAGUAAUUCUAAUCUUAAUACAACAGCUACAACAACACCCAGUGCAUCAUCCACAAAUUUAGCAAGUUCUGGGAGUGGUGUAACCAAGACAUCUAAAAAGGCUAAAGAGAAAGCUAUUAAUAAACGUUUCAAGAUUGCAAUCUCUGGUGGUUCAUUAAUAAGUGUAUUAGCUCAAGGAUUAUUGAAAAGAGAUGAUGUUGUAUGGGAUAAAUGGGAUAUUUAUUUUGCAGAUGAACGUUUAGUACCAUUUAAUGAUUCGAAUUCAAAUUAUGGAUUAGCCAAGAUGGAAAUUUUUGAUAAAUUAAAAGAAUUGGGUAAACCUCAACCCAAAGUUUAUCAUAUUGAUGAAUCAUUAUUAGAUGAUGCACAAGCUGUUGCAGAUGCUUAUGAAAAAGUUUUAAUUAAAGGAUUUGCAAAUAAAGAUUCUGUUAGAUUACCUUUAUUUGAUUUAUUUUUAUUAGGUUGUGCACCAGAUGGUCAUAUCGCAUCAAUUUUCCCAAAUGAUCAUGAAGUAUUGAGAGAAAAAUUUGCUUGGGUUGUUCCUGUGGAAAAUGCACCAUCAGGUCCAAGUAGAAGAAUUACAUUAACAAUACCUGUUAUAUGUCAUUCACAUCGUGUUUCAUUUGUCGUGGAAGGUGCUGUUAAAGCUUCAAUUGUUAAAGUGAUUAUGGAAAGACCUGAAAAGGGAUUACCAGCAUCUAUUGUUAAUGAAGGAUCUGCAGGUAGAAUUGCAUGGUUUGUUGAUAAGGAUGCUUUAGCAGAAACUUAUUUUGGUUAA